AUCAUGUGCCACUGCACUCGCCGUGUUGUCGUCCAUGAGCGUGAAGUGUGGUGUUUGAGGGGGGGCUUCUGGCUUCGGUUCAGAGAAGAUCUCCAGCCUCAGCGAGUGGACCACCCCCCUCCACCAGGGAGUUGCAUGUUGGCCACUGGAGACACGCUUCCAUUUGACCAGGUGACAGUUAUUGUAAUGCUGCACCCCCCACUCCCCGGGGUCAGCAGAGGUCAGCGGGGCGAUCAAUACCAGCUCACCGAGCCGCUGGUGCUUCCUCUGCUGCUCGUCCUGACGCUGACACCAACAUCAGGUCUGUGGCCCCCGACACAGUGCCCUCGAACGGUUGCUUCGGUCCAGUGACACGGCCCACGAGACAGAAGACGGGCCAGCCAUCUGGCCGCGGUGACGUCAGCUGGACUGUGUCUCGUCCAUCAGCCCCGACAUGAGAGAGGAAGCCGAGCGGCCGCAGACGAGAGGCUCACAAAGGUAUUGUCAGUUUUGUCUGAGCUGGAUUCAGACGCCGAGCCGCACCUUCCUGCACUGUCAAACAGACAUCCACAGUCUUUUCAACAGAGUGCUGUUCUUCACUGACUGAACUUCCAACCUCAAGUAGAAUCAUCAAUUGGUUGUGGCUCAACAAAAUUCCCAUGAUGCAGUUCUGAUGUGGAACCACUGCGUUUCCCACUUUCCACAGCGAGUGUGUCCACACAGCGUGGUCCCUGGAGUGGAGCUUCAUGGUGAAGGUGCAGAACAUGGAGGAGACCGUUGGAGCACGUGUCAGAUCGGCACUUGCCGUACGCUCUCCAUAUCUCAUAUCUCUCUCCACGGCCGCCUCCAUGUUCCACUCUGGAGUUACCUCUCCACCUUAUCAUCAACAUUCGGGCCAGCUCUGGCGUCUCUUGCUGUUGCUGAGCGUGAAGGAGACUCGACUUUCAUUCGACCUCAUCGAUGUGGCGUUUUUGCUGCCGGCGUGACCAACCACAGACGCGGCUCCUCUUUCAGAACUCACCUCCACAGGUCGUCCAGUGAGGGGCGCCAGUGUUGGCGCCAUCUUCGUCCCGUGAACACGUCCACUUCAGACGAUGCUGUCAGGGUUUCUCUGGCUCGGUCCGACCUGCGUCACUCUCAUCAAAGCACUUUCACUUGCACUGGAACUAAUUGUGGACACAUGAGGCGGCCUGUCGGGCUUCCUGUCGCACCCACGGCCCAUGUGGCGCCAUGUUCUCUGUCCAGCUCGUAACCUUCAAAGGGCUUCUUUCUUCCCGCUGAGGCGCCCCCCGCUGAGUUGCCAGACUCAGCGCAGAGGUGUUGGCUAGUGGGACGACAGGUGAGCAUGAGACGGAGAGCGCCACGCGAGCAGGAAGACGGAAGCACGCCACCAGAGUUUGGAGAGUUGGACUUCCAAAACACGGGCCCAGUUGGCCUUUCCAUGGUUCCUCAGCAACGCUGGCUCCUGUCUGUCUUUGGUUUCCUCUGGGUACUCUGGUUUCCUCCCAGAGCCCAACGAACAUGCAUUUCUGAGCCUGUCCCAUCAACUUGCUCCGUAAGAAGAGCCUCCUCCCUCCUCCUCCACCAUCACCCUCCUGCCUCUGACCCCAGGUUUCCUGACCUGGACUGAAACAUGCGCCUGCAAAGUGAGACCUACUCACUGACCUCAAACAUGAAGGGGCCUGCUAUGUGGCCCCCGUCUUCAGCAACCCCACACACUCUCAGAGCAGCUUCGUAUCAAAGGAGCGCUGAAAGGUUUUGGCUACAAAUAUGGCUGAGGCUCUCUAUUCCAGUCUGAUCCAAAGUAUGGGUCACGAACUGGAGAUCAUUGUGAACCAUGUUCCACAGACACAGCACGAGUCAUUUAACAAGCAGUUGCAGCGGAAGCUCUGAUUGUAAUCUCGCAGACUGCCUGGAUGAAGAGCGAGCGUCGACUCAGCAAAGACAUUCAUCGUGUCUUCUUGGGAGUCUACUCUCGAGCGCAGCAGUCUCCUGAAUUCUCAGCACAAACAACAGUAGCUCCUGUGCGUCUCCGGUGGGAUCAGAGCAAGAGUCCAGGCUUAACCUUGUUUACCACAUUAACUGUUUGCCUGCAGACACUGGAGUCAAGCAGACUGUGGCUGAUGCGGUGGACGUUCUUCACGUCACAUGUCCAGGGCAAGCACAAGUCACGUCUCCAGAUCGGGUCAAGAUAAAAACCGCCUGGACGCAGUGCCCUGUCUUUGCACCUUUGGACUGAAACGUUGUGUGGCGCCUGUGCGUGCGCCCCAUGUGGCCGGCACAGCCACAGCCAGGUGACUCUUCACUCCCAAACAAACGUCCACAACAGCCAGUGAGACAUUCGUCAAAUCCAUGUCAAACAGCAGCUCCCACUUUGACCUUUCAUGUUCAGCGUUUUCCAAAUAGCCUGCUGUUUUCAGUGUAAAUACGAAAGUCACGUUCAAACGGCUGUUUUGAGAGUGGAACUGGUGGUCUGGUGCAGGAUGCUUGUACAAUUGAAUAUAAAUAUCCACAAGACGAGAGCUCCACUAACAUUUCCGGAUGGAGUUGCAUUCCACUCCUGAAGCAAGGGCGUCAGAGGUGGGAUGGCAACCACGAGAAGGUCCCGGAACAUGGAGCUCUGUUUUUCUGAUGAUUGAAAAAGUGCUUCAGUAGGUGGACCCCAGUUUGGUGAGUCAGGUUUGGACGCGGAACAAUCCCCACCGCUAUCCUGACAGCGUGGCGACACUUGAGCAGUAAACAGGAAGCGGUCCAUCCUGGAAAGACACGUGACCCCGAGCGCACCUGUGCUUCCGACGCCCCUGACUCUCUCAUCCUCUUCCUCUGUGUGUGAGGAGACUCUGCCACCUGUGCCACCAGAAACCUGCCGUAUCAAGCUAUUUCAGAGGCAACGUUUCAGUGGAAGUCACGGGAGAGUGAAACCACAUCAAGAUUCGCUCACAUUCAUAAGUCCGUCCACGCUCCUCCUACGAGCGGCUGCGGGUUCACGCGCCCGUCCCUCAACGCAGUCUGCCUCGCGUUAUCUGGGAAUGAAUAAAGCUGAGUCAACUGCAGCGCAGCGUUUCAACAAGCGAUGCCCGGAGACGCUGAGAGCAACCAGCAGCGCUGUCAUCAGCAUAAGGAAAGCAGAAGCCCUGGCUGAAGGCGAUGGCCGUUCUCAGCCAGAUGAGCGUCAUCUGAAGCCAAGAUGAGCUGAAGCUCCUCAGCUUAUCUCUGUGUACUGUGGGAAGUCACAACCUUCGAUGGCGUUUCCUGCACACAAAAGCAGGAAGCUGGGCGGAGGAAGCGCUUCAUCUCCUGCUCAGAUAUCAGAGUGGAGAUACCGAGCUCCUGUCCGUGACCUUCUGCAAGGCUUCAGAUUGGUCAUCAAGAUCGUGGCGAAGGCCUGGCCAAGAGAGACGCCUUCCCUCCUGCGUCACCACCUCCACACACGCCGUGAAAUGGCCUUGAAACCAAGAGGCCGUGUGGUCAGUGGGAACCCAGAAAAGCUUGAUCCACAAGAGAAGCAGCACUUUGUGUCCACCUCUGGUUGCCAGGUCUUUGGCCGUAACAGGGAGAACUUGCUGGGGAGAGUCCUGCCAAGCAGACUUGUUCACGGGGUGAGCCGCUCACUUCAGCUGGGAGCACACACAAAGACAGAUGAGGUUCGCGAGAUAAGGCCGACUUAUGAGCCCGCGAUCUGUGGCAGCAGUCACAGCAACGCUGGAUCCAGAACCUCAGUGCGUGAGCUCAUCCUGCGAGAGAAGGGCCGGCGUGGUAACAAUGCCCUCUUCCUGCCUCUGCCGGCUCAGAAUAGCCACGCAGCACAAAGCUUCCACAGGAAGCGCCACUCCACUCUGGACCACAAGACAUUCGUAUUCAACCCUCCUCCCUCCUUUCCGCCUCUGUGACGUGGGCUUCUGAGGAACAGCAAACCAGCGGUUUUGCGAAACCAGCGGCUGAGGAGGAGGAGGAGGAAAAGAGCUGUUUGUAGUGGCAAUAGAAGUGAGCAGCGUCACCCAGACAGCAGGGAAGAGAAGCACAGCGAUGCUGGGGAGUUUGGUUUCACUGUCUGGAAGACGUGGCUUCCGCUCCUCGCAGCACGCUGCCAGCUCAUCACUUGCAAAAUAGGAUUCUACAGUGAAGGUGCGUCCUGUGUUUGGUGACCAAAGAGAGAGAGAGGAAGCAGCGGUCCGUUCCACGGCCGGACUCGGUGCAGGGAGACACCUUUGAUGGAAAAUAGUCCAGCCGCCAGGCCAAAGACUGUCUGCAGCGCAGAGCUAACAGAGCUAACGGCUAACCUGACCUGUCUGACUUCCACUCAACUGUAUUGAUGCUCAUGGACUGUCAACGUCUGCUCUGGGCUCUAAAAGGUGGCUCUGAACAACUAAACGCACCACCAAAUACAUGUGAAGAGAGGAAGAAUCACUGUUGUUAUGAAGCAAGUUCAGGCAGAGAAGCCAAGGAUUUGUCUGGAAACUACAGUCACAUCAUGCAAAAGAGAAGUGAUCCCAUCCAAACAGUGAUUUCAAGUCAGUCCACACAUCAAUGAACCAUGAUCUAUUUAGCCGUAUUGCCGCCUCUUUCUGGACACACGGGAAACAAAGACAGGAGCUGCAGUGUUUCACCAGUGAAGAGGGAGUUUCUACAGGACUUGAGGCACCAGUGGGCUUCUGCGGGCCCAGACGGAUGGGGCGGAGUUACAGUGAAGAACGUGUGCAGCUGGGUGUAAAUCUUCCGGGGUCCCCUCCGCGUGUGUCAGGCAUCUGCUGCUGGUUAGAGCUGUGUAAUUGCAACUCUGGCCAGUGUUCACACACGACGCACACAUGAACAUGUGAAAUGCAUUUGCACACACACGCGGACUUCCAAGGACACGCUCACAGAUCUGAGGUCUGCUGAACACCAGCACCAGAAGCAGAAGGUUUGCCCUUCAUCCUAUCACUUUGCCUUCACGCCUCAAACUCAGGACAGCUCAUUCAGCUCUCUUGUUAUAUCUGACGACUGUUUCCCACCAGAGCGGGAGGUGUCACCGCAUUUUACCUCAGAACGACCCGCAGCUGUGAACUAGCUUCUCACAUGUGAUCAUCGAUCUUUACACUCGGUGGACGCACUCUAAAGUCCAAAACACUUUCUUAUCUCUAGCAGGAAUAGUCCAGCCAGGAACGUGGGAUCCUUCGCACGAUCCUCUUAGUUUCAGUCACAGCUGUCGGACUGUGACAACUCGGUCCGGCGCCAGAGUCGGCUGGACACGCACCUCCUCAUAAGUCCAUGGGCUUAUGACUCCAUGAAUUUUGUGGAAGUCAACGCCCCACUUUGACCAAGCUCCGCGUCUUCGAGCCGCUCUUUCAAAGGAGACGCCAUCAUGACUUCAUGUCACUUUUCUUCAAACCUGCUUCACUGAAAGCAUGACAUUCGUGUUUAUCAGGCUGAUCCUCAGGAGUGCUACAUCCUGUAAGGCCUUUCCACACACUGUCUGCCUCUCUCUCUCUCGCAGCACGGCGUGCAGGCCUGUCGCCAGGUGGCCCACAAUACCUGCAUCACCAGUGAGCGAGGAUGAGGGGCCUCACUGAGCCACACACCCUGAGACUUUCUGACCAUUGUGGAAAGGCUUCAGAAGCCACCGCGCUCUCCCGACUGAGGCGGACAUGUGGCAACACAACAGAGCGACUCACUUCUUCGGCUGAUUUUAUGUGUCACGUUUCUGUGGCAACACCAGUGUCCAGGGCCCAGACAGGCCAAACAACCAGUGCCGCCAGUCAAAUCAAGGACAGCGCUUUCUGCUCAUCUGAGCAAACACAAGGCAAGUGUAGCUGAGGUUGCAGUAAUAUAUAUACAUAUAAAAAUCUGAGCCAGUAAAAAGUGACUACCAGUGCGAGGAAAGAGCCGUCGGUCAAAGCAAACGGCCCCUUUGUCUCCAAGCCUAGUUCCACUGCAGGGAGCUGGGGGGCACCACAGUCUGCCUCUGCCUCGCUCGCCCCCGCCUCCCCUCCCUCCCUCCCUGCCUGCCGCCCCCUCUUUUGUCUAACAACCCGAAUAAAUUAGCAGCCGGAGCCGGCAGAGAAGCAGGACGAGAGGGGGAGCCAGGAGCGCGAGGGGCCGGGCCUUGUGGCGCAGGAGUCGGCUUUCAGUCAGAGCGGAGCGCGGUGCCCCGGAGCGCGUCAUCACGGCGUCUGGACGCUGCUGGAGGAGAAGAGAGAAGGGCCGGAGGUGUCCGGAGCUGCGCACCUGGACCGGGAACCAUCGCUGGAAUUAGCUGCGCGUGUGGAUGUCAUGUAGAGCCGCUAUCAAGCCGCGCCGAGUGGACGUGGACCUCUGGAUUGGACAGCGUUUGCCUAGCAAUCGGCCACAGAUCCGGCUGCAGCGGGGCUCACAUGCACGUCCCAGCCAUGUCUUUAACAGGUGAAGGCGGGUCAAGACGGAGGCGUUGGGUCAGUGGAGCGGCUCCCUGGCGCUGGGGGCCACUGCUGCGUCUGAGCGUGAUCCUGGCCCAGGUCUCCAGUGUCCUGGGAGCACUGGAGCUGCAGCUGGAUGAAGAGCAGCCAGCCGGGACCAUCGUGGGCGACAUCAGCGCCGGGCUGCCUCCUGGGGAAACCGCCAGUCUUUACUUCAUCUCGGACCACGAGGGCACAGGCGUCGGCAGCGACCUCCACAUCGACGAGACCACAGGCAUCAUAAGGACGGCGCGGCGGCUGGACCGCGAGCAGAGGGACCAGUACAGCUUCAUCGCAGUCACCAUGACUGGAGUCACCAUCCCGGUGUCCGUCACCGUCAUCGACAUCAACGACCAUGCACCCGUCUUCCCCAAAGACAAGGUUGUGCUUAAAGUUCCCGAGCACACUUCAGUGGGCAGCAGGUUUUCCCUGGAGCCGGCCAGCGACGCGGACAAGGAGCAGCUGACCACGCAAGGCUACGCCAUUCGAGAGGGCAACGUCGGGCAGGCCUUCAGGCUGGAGAGCAAGAGAGCCAGCAACAAGGCUCUGUCUCUGGAUCUGGUGGUCAACGGCCUCCUGGACCGGGAAAAACGUUCCUCAUACACUCUGGUCCUGGAAGCCUUUGAUGGGGGCUCACCGCGGAAGAUGGGCUCCAUGACCCUGGAGGUGGUGGUGACGGACGUCAACGAUCACGCUCCGGUCUACAAUCAGAGCAGAUACCACGCCAUCAUAUCCGAAAGUCUCCCCCAGGGAAGCAGCAUCCUGCAGGUGUUUGCCACCGACGAGGACGAAGGGGACAACGGUCUGGUGCUCUACGAAAUCAACCGCCGCCAAAGUGACCCCGAGCGUUACUUUGUCAUCGACGUGAAGUCGGGGAUCAUCACUCUCAACAAACCUCUGGACUUCGAGCUCAAACGUGUGCACGAGCUGGUGGUCCAGGCGCGGGACAACGCCAGUCACCCGGAGGUGACCAACGCAUUUGUGACCAUCCACGUCCGUGACUACAAUGACAACCAACCCACCAUGACCAUCAUCUUCCUGAGCGAGGACGGCUCCCCGAGGAUCUCCGAAGGGGCCCAGCCCGGCCAGUACGUGGCCCGCAUAUCCGUCACCGACCCAGACUACGGGGAGUACGCCAAUGUCAACGUGUCCUUGGAAGGCGGCGACGGGAAGUUCGCUCUGACCACCAAGGACAGCAUCAUCUACCUGAUAUAUGUGGACCAGGUCCUGGACCGGGAGGAGCGGGACUCCUACCACCUGAGAGUCAUGGCCACAGACUCCGGCACGCCGCCGCUCAGAGCAGAGUCUUCCUUCACCAUUCAGGUGAUGGACGUCAACGACAACCCGCCUCUUUUUGACCAGCAGUCCUACAAGCAGACCAUUCCAGAGGUGGUCUAUCCAGGCUCCUUUGUGCUGCAGGUCACUGCUAGGGACAAGGACCAGGGCCCGAACGGUGACGUCCGCUACAGCCUCCUGAAGGGCAAGAACUCCCACUCUGAUUGGUUCUCCAUUGACCCGCUCACCGGAAUCAUUACCACAGCGCGAGCUCUGGAUUUCGAGUCAGAGCCGGCGCCCAGUGUGACCGUCAUGGCCACGGACGGCGGCCAGCCACCGCUCUCCUCUACUGCCGAGGUGGACGUGGUCCUGCAGGACGUUAAUGACAACACACCCGUGUUUGGCAAGAACUUCUACAACGCCUCCAUCAAGGAGAACACGCCGCCUGGAACCUGCUUCCUAGAGGUCUCGGCCACAGACGGCGACCGGGGCUCCUUCGGUGCCGUCUCCUACACUCUGGGCUCCAGCUCAGGGGGAGCGGCGCCCUCCCACUUCUCCGUUCACAAGGAAACCGGGCAGCUUUGCACCAGUGCCACGCUGGACCGAGACCAGGGAGCGGACAGAUUUGACCUCAGCGUUACGGCGACGGACGGGGGGGGUCUGAGCUCAGUGGCCCGGGUCAGGGUCUCAGUGGAGGACAUCAAUGACAACCGUCCCAGCUUCUACCCAGUCCUCUACACCGUCAGCCUGGGCUCCCACAGCGCCCCAGGCACUUCUGUCGUCAAGGUCACGGCCUCCGACCCCGACGCCGGCGAGAACGGCAGGGUGACCUACAGAACUGUUCCUGGUGGAGGCUCCGCCUUCUUCACGCUCAACAAGGACACAGGUGUGAUCUCACUCUCCCGCUCGCUCCACGGCAAAGCCGACUCGGUCGUCUCUAUGGUGAUCUCUGCCGAGGACGGCGGAGGGCUGAUGGCGCCGCUCAACGCCAGGGUGAACGUGAGCGUGGUCGGCGGUGCCGCGGCUUCCCCGGUGUUCGAGCAGGCCCAGUAUUUCUUCAGCGUCUCUGAAGACGUGCUCAGAGGAACUGCCGUCGGUGUGGUCCACGCUGCCGUGAGGACAGCCUCUGAGAAGAUCUUCUACUCCAUAUCCUCCGGUGACCCAGAGGGCCACUUCGCUGUGGACAGUUCCUCCGGCACCAUCAGGACCACCCAGCCCCUGGACCAUGAAACCUGCUCCAGGCUGGACCUGGAGAUCCAGGCUCGCGCCGGCUCUCCUCCAGCGUACGGGACCAGCCGGGUCCGCGUCACUAUUUCCGACGUGAACGACAAUGCUCCCACCUUCCUCCCCUCCUCCUCCGAGUCGCUGCUUCUGCCUGAAGUCACCAAAAUGGGGGCGGUGAUCUACCGCAUCCAGGCCAGCGACAAGGACUCUGGUCAUAACGGUCAGCUGAGUUUCCACCUGAUCUCGGCCGGUGUGGCAGGCAGCAGUGGUCAGAGGACCUUUGGAGUGGAUCGAGGAAGUGGAGAGGUGAGACUGGUUGGGAGUCUCUCGUACGAGAGCGUGGCCCGUUAUGACCUUCAAGUGCUGGCCAAGGAUGGUGGGGCCCCCCAGCUGAGCUCCACCUUCACCCUGGUGGUGCACGUACAGGCCCAAGAUGCACAAGGUCCAAACUUCGACACCUUGAUCUACCGCGUGGAGCUGCGAGAAAAUACCGCGCCCAACACACGCUUCCUCCAAGUGAGAGCACUGAAUCGAGAGAGAAAGAGCGGUUCCUCCUCCUCCUCGCCAUCCUCCCCCGUUUCCUACCGCCUGAGACCCGACGGCGAUGCCGCUGGCUUCGGCAUCAUGCCAGAUAGCGGCUGGCUGUUUGUCCGUAGCGGCCUGGAUCGUGAAGUCAAGGAUAUGUACCUGCUGACGGUGCUGGCCACUUCCGGAGCCAGAGGAGCGGCGAGGACCGGCAGCGCCACAGUCCGGGUCACGGUGACCGACGAGAACGACAACUCCCCACGACUGAGCCAGGAGAGGCUCUUCCUGGCAGUGCGGGAGAAUCUGAUGGCCGGGACCGGCUUCGGAAGGGUGUCUGCCACAGACAGAGACUCGGACCUCAACGCUCGCCUCUCCUACCGGCUCCUGCACACGGACCGCCACUUCCAGAUCAACUCUCAGACAGGGGAGAUCAGCACCCGCCUGGCUCUGGACAGGGAGCAGCAGUCCAGCUACCAGCUGCUGGUGGUGGUUCAGGACGGGGGCACACCACCUCGCAGCGCCACAGGGAUGGUCCACAUCAGCGUGCUGGAUGAAAACGACCAUGCGCCCCUCUUCGCUCGCGCCCGGCCCGACUGCUUCCAGGUGAUGGAGGGACUUCCAUCUGGGACAGCUUUGGGAACGGUGUCAGCCAAAGAUCCAGAUGAGGGAGAGAAUGGAACCGUCUUCUACUCUUUGUCAGGUUCCAGAGCGGAGCGUUUCUCUUUAAACCCCAACACGGGCGAGCUGAGAACCGCGUCUGUCCUGCGGUGGGCCGAGCGAGCCGACUACCCUUUCACAGUGACGGCCACUGACCGCGGAACUCCUGCACUGAGCGCCACCUGCCAGAUAAGGGUUCAGGUUCUCAGUUCCACCAAGUCCAGCCCAAAAGCCAACACGCUGCUCAUGACCCUGAACACCGUGGAAGGAGCCGUUCCAGGCUCCAUCCUGGGGUCGGUCCGUCCGCACCAUCAGCCAGAACUAGUCCUGGAAGGACAGGUGACCUACCUGGUUGUGGGCGGCACCGACCGCGACGGCAUCUUCAUGGUGCACCGAACCACGGGGGAUGUGUAUCUGGUCGGCCACCUGGACUACGAGAAGGGCUCCAGGUACACGCUGCUCAUCCAGGUGUCAGACGUCUCUCAGGCGUUUCCCAGCAGCCACCUGGUGCAGCUGGACAUCAACGUGCAGGACAGGAACGAUCACCCCCCGCAGUUCCCGGAAGACCCGGUGACCAUUGUGGUUCCAGAGAACCUGAAAGCUGGUGCGUGGCUCCACACCUUCCAGGCCGCAGACCAGGACGGAAGUGGACCCAACAGCGCCGUGCGCUACACCAUCCACCACUACUGGCCGGACGUGCCUGACCUGCUGAGCCUUGAUCCCGUCACUGGGGUCCUGGCUCUGGGCCGGGCGUUGGAUCGCGAGUCCACACCUUCUCUGUUGCUGGUGGUGCGAGCAACAGACCAGGCGCUGGAGCAGCAGCAGCGUCGCUGGGGCUCGGUCACCGCUCGGCUCUUUGUGACGGACGAGAACGACAACCCCCCGGUCUUCAGCUCUCCCUGGGCGGUCAGCGUCAUGGAGGAUCAGCCCGUGGGACACGUGCUUUUGUUCGUGAAGGCUGGCGACCAGGACGAAGGGGAGAACGGAAGAGUGUCGUACAGAAUCCAGGCAGGCAACAGCGCCGCUCGCUUCAGCCUGGACCCCAACACUGGGUCUUUGUCCAUCCUCAAAGCUCUGGACAGAGAAGAGCAGGAGGUCUUCAACCUGACCAUCAUCGCAGAGGAUCAUGGGAAGCCUCAGCUCUCCACCUCCCAGCUUCUCUGCGUGCAGCUGAUCGAUGUCAACGAUGAAGCGCCAGUCUUCCAGCGGCCGGAGUUUGAGGCUCUGGUGAUGGAGAACCGAGGUCCAGGAACCACCGUGCUGACCGUGUCUGCCACUGACCGAGAUCAUGGUUCCAAUGGUCAUGUGACAUACGGAGGCGUGACAGAGGAGGGAUUUGUCAUCAACCCGGUGACCGGUGUCAUCACAACCACCAAGGAACUGGAUAGAGAGCAGCAUGAGCGCUACACACUGACGGUCUUCGCCAGAGACGGGGGGCUGCCCCCGAACUUCGCCACAGCCGUGGUCCGCGUGGAGGUGCAGGACCUCAACGACAACGCUCCGGUCUUUGCGCAGCCGUGGUACGAGCUGGAGGUGCCGGAGAACCAGGCGGCGGUGGAGCUGUGCUUCCUCAAAGCCACAGACCCUGACUCAGGUCCCGGGGGAGAGGUGCAGUACCGGAUCACUGCAGGUGACCCUGAUGGAGAUUUCCAGCUGGACUCCAAGACCGGAGCCCUGUCCGCCUCACGGAUCCUGGACCGAGAGACCAGAGAGAAGUAUCACCUGGAGGUGGUGGCAACAGACCGAGGCAGCCCAGCUCUCAGCGCCACCGUCAUGGUGGAGGUCCGUGUCCUGGACGUCAAUGACCACAGUCCAUUGUUUGACCGCAGCAGCUACACCGUGGACGUGUCGGAAGACGCGGCUGAGGGAACACGAGUCCUCCAGGUCUCGGCCUCCGAUGCGGACGAGGAACUGAAUGGGAAGGUUUUGUACUUCCUGAGUCAAGAGGCACACGGGGCGUUCGCUGUGGACGAGAGCGGCGGGUGGAUCACCACGUCAGCCCCUCUGGAUCGAGAGAGAACGGCCUCGUACAGCUUCCAGGUCUUUGCCGUCGACCUUUCACCGGCGGCGCCCAGGAACUCGUCGGCUCAGGUGACGGUGGUCGUCACGGACGUCAAUGACAACGCUCCAGUCUUCCUCCAAGACCCGCUGGUCAUUGAAGUGUCCAGCAGGCAUUCUCACCGGGUCCUGGCCACCAUGAAGGCCGAGGACAAAGACUUUGGAGCCAAUGGUUCUGUGUUUUACCGCUUCGCCACCGCAGUGAAGGGCUUCAGCAUCAACUCCCUGACUGGGGAGAUCCAAGGCACGGCGCCGCUGGCACAGCUGACCCAGGCCCAGCGGACGCUGAUAGUGGAGGCCAUGGACCAGGGAAGUCCGGCCCAGUCUGCUCAGGGGGUGGUGGUGAUCUUUGUGAAGGAGGUGGAGUACCAUGGCAUCCGCUUCUCCAGGAACGGCCGAGACGUCAGCAUACAGGAGAAUGCCUCGAAAGGCACCGCCGUGGCUCGGGCUCAAGCUCAGCACCCCGAUGGCUCCCGGGAGGGCAUCAGCUACAGCAUCUUCAGCGGCAACAGGAAGCAGUCUUUCAGCAUCAGCUCGUCCACAGGUGAAAUCACGGUGCAGAGCUCCAAAGGACUGGACUUUGAAGACACUCCCAAGCUGCGUCUGGUUGUCAAGGCUGAGACUGUUUCCUCCACAUCAUUCACGGCCAUCAACCUCAUCCUGCAGGACGUCAACGACAACCUGCCGCGCUUCCAGCUGCAAAACUACGUGGCCUACAUGAGAGAAGCGCAGGGAUAUGAGAUGCCCAUCAUACAGGUGGUCGCGGAGGACGUGGACCAAGGCCAAAAUGGUCAGGUGACCUACUCCAUCCAGUCGUCAGGUAUAAGUGGCUUGUUCAAGAUCGACCCCGUGACCGGAAGCGUCUCCACCGCUGCCAUCAUGGACCGCGAGAUCUUCACGCAGACCAAGCUGGUUGUCACGGCAACAGACAGAGGCAGUCCUCGACUUGCUGGUUCAGCGACUCUGACUGUGAUAAUUAUCGACCAAAACGACAACAGCCCGACGAUUCCUCUGCCCAAAGAGAUCCCUGUUCCUGAAAAUACUUUGAUUGGCACCCAGAUCACUCUGGUGACUGGGAACGACGUGGAUUCCAGUCCCGCUCUGGCCUACUCUCUGCAACUGGACCCUACAGCUCUGGGGAAGUUUGGGGUCCAUCGCUACAGCGGAGGCGUUUCUCUCACUGCUCCGCUUGACUUCGAGGAGAAGACCUGGUACACGGUGACGGUGAGAGCCACGGACAGCCAGCACCAGACAGAGGCCAACGUCACCAUACUGGUGGUGGACGUGAAUGACAACGCCCCCGAAUUCACCCACGAUCUUUAUCAGGUGACCCUGCCGGAGCGCACGCCCGCAGGAAGUGCGGUUGUCACAGUGACGGCCACUGACAGAGACUCUGGCGAGAACGGCAGGAUCGCUUACAGAGUGACAUCAUCAACUCAAGAUGGCUUUUACAUCGACCCGAACAAUGGAACUUUGUUCAUCAGCCACAGAGCUGAGUUCGACCCCGAACGUCCGUCAGUCAGCAUCGUCGUUGAAGCUCGUGAUGGCGGGACCCCUUCACUCUACUCCGUCACAACCGUUCAAGUCCAAAUAUCGGAUGUCAAUGACAACGCUCCUGUUUUCCACCAAUCAGAGUACAGGGCCGCCGUCUCAGAGGACACUGACCCAGGAUCAACCAUUCUGACCUUCGAGGCCUUCGACAGCGACCUCUCGCGUGAAAACUCUGGCUUGGACUUUGCCCUUGCCGACGGAAACGAAGGCAACGUGUUCCGAAUCGAAAGCAGCGUGCGCUUCCUGGAGGGCCGAGGAUUUCAGACUGUGGGGUCGCUGCUGCUGGCUGAGUGGCUGGACUUUGAAGCCAAGCCGCUGUACAAUCUAACCGUGGUGGUUUCCGAUCGAGGGCUUCCACAGAAGAGCUCCAGCGUGGCUGCUGUCAUUACCAUCGCUGAUGUCAACGAUAACCCGCCGGUGUUCAGCAGGAGCGAGUACACGGUGUCUCUGAGUGAAGGUGCCGCUGCAGGCACUGAGAUCAUACGACUGAUGGCCACAGACUCCGACUCCGCUCCCAAUGCCGAGAUCCAGUAUUCCAUCAGUUCUGGGGAUGAGGCGAACCUCUUUUCCGUGGACCAGUGGUCGGGAGCCUUGAGACUUGAGCGAGCGCUCGAUCGGGAGCACAGGUCCACUCACGUGGUCGUUGUGCAGGCCACCGACGGCCAGGGUGGCUUUGCUGUGGCGCCGGUCAUCGUCGAGGUCAAGGACGUCAACGACAAUCCCCCCUUCUUCCCGGUUGAAAUCCUGACUGCGAGCAUCAGAGAAAACCAGCCGGCAAAUUCAGCUGUGACUGUUCUUCAUGCCAUCGACCAUGACGCAGGAGUGUACGGUCAGGUCAGGUACUUCAUGGUGGAGCGGUCUGGAGCAGGUGGCGAGAGCUUCGCUGUGGACCAGAACUCUGGGGCAGUCAGGAGUCGAACGCCGUUUGACUUUGAGAAGAUCAAUUCCUUUAACUUUGUGGCUCUGGCGGUGGAUUCCGGAAACCAUUCGGCUACAGUGACCGUCCAGGUGUUUGUUACGGGUGAAGACGAGUAUGACCCUCUCUUUACGUCGUCAGCAUUCUCUUUUGAAGUUCCUGAAGGAGCCACGAAGGGCCAGAGCGUCGGCCAGGUCGCUGCUCACGAUGAGGACGGAGGAGUGGAUGGCAUUGUUCUCUAUUCUCUUCCCACCAGCUCGCCCUACUUUGACGUGAACAGAACCACAGGGGUGAUUUUCCUCAAGCUGGACAGUUCUGGCAGCGGCGCUAACAGCGUGUCCAGUCGAUCCAGAAGAGAGACCAGGCUCAUGUCCCUGGAAGUCAAAGCUCACGGGCCCCUGGAGACGUCUCGCUCCGCGGCAGCCCACGUCACCAUCGAUGUCACCAGCACCAACUUUGGCCUGGCAACUGAGGUCAACUUCCUGCUCAUAAGCAUCGUUGCGGCGUCUCUUGGCGUCAUUGUGUUGCUGGUUGUGUUGGCGGUGGCGGUGUUCCUGGUGAAGUCGCGCAGAAGAAAGAAAGGCCAAGAUACUGCCAUCAGAACCGUCUCAUCUGGAACUGCUCUAAACAAACUGGAUGACUGCAACUCUGGAGCCGAGAGGAUCUACCACCAGGCCUUACCGGGCUACUCCGGAGACCCAAGCGUAGCAGCUGGGGGUCCCUACACAAGAGGGGGCUCUUUAGAUCCCUCCCACUCCAGUGGACGAGGGUCUGCUGAGGCAGCGGAGGACGAUGAGAUCAGGAUGAUCAAUGAAUACCCUCGUGUGGCAUCCAUCACCUCAUCCAUGCAGGAGCACAUCUCUGCCCGGGGCCCGGAUUCCGGAAUUCAGCAGGAUGCCGACCAACUGUCCGACAUCUCGUGUGAGCCUGCAGCUCUGGAGGGCAGCACCUGGUUCAAAGGAAAGAAAGCGGGAGGCAGUCUCAGCGGCACGUUACUUUCGGGUCAGCUCCCGGUCUACAGGGACGAAGGGAGUGGCUACCUCGGGGUUGGCCGGGGCCUCAACAUUUCCCUUCCAAAAGACUACGCCUUCCCUGAAGAUGGUAAGCCUUCAGUGGACGGGUCCCUCACAGCGAUUGUGGCCAGUGACGAAGAGCUCCGGGGAAGCUACAACUGGGAUUAUCUGCUGAACUGGUGCCCGCAGUUCCAGCCUCUGGCCAAUGUCUUCACUGAGAUUGCUCGGCUGAAGGAUGAAACCGCGCAGCAGAAUCCUCGCCAGCCCUUCCAGCCAAAACCUAAAACGGAUCCCAAACCCAGAAUCGAUCCUCCUCCACUGAUCACGUCGGUGGCUCACCCCGGAGCCAUGUCUGUUCCCCCCAAGGUGCCCGUGAUUGGACGGACAUUUCCCCACUUAGCGGCGCUGCGGAGGUCCCCGAUAAGUCACGAGGGGUCCAUUUCUUCUGCAGCAAUGUCCCCCAGCUUCUCCCCAUCUCUGUCCCCGUUGGCAGCGCGAUCGCCCGCUGUCUCGCCCUUCGGAGUCAACCAAGCUCCUUCCUCAGCCUCCAUGAUAAGCACCAGGGAGCCAUCACUGGACCAGAGUCCCGACCAUGAAAUGAGGAUCUGAGAAAGACUCGGGCAAACUAUUUGUGAUGAGGCUGGCCAAGAGCAGAGCCUCCAGGAGCGCUGGAUCUCCAGGUUGGUGGUAGAUAUUUGAACUGGUGGUGUGAGCUAGAUCUCCAGUCUGGGCUGGGAUGGUGGUGCACUUGGGACUGGCGACACUGUCAGAGAGUCUGUUGAGACGGGACUCACUCGCUCGGGACCAACCUUGGAUCGGAGCAUUGAUCCAAACUCAGCCGUUGCGUCACAAGUGAAAUAGCCCGAGGGGAUUUUAGUUUGUCCCCCCCUCAUGUAUUUUUGAUAUAUUUUUCUACAGUUCAGAAAGGCCAUGGUCCCACAUGAAGAGCUGACUGUCUCUGUGUGUAUUUGGUGGUAAACUGAUGAUGGCGUGUCCUGUGUGUGUGUGAGUCUCUGCCGACUCUGGCGACUUUGUUUUAGUAUUAUUGAUAUGAAGCCAGGACUCUGAAAAGGCACUUGUUUCUGAGGAGGUCAAAGGAAGGCUGUGACCCAAAACAAGGCUGAAGCCGGUCGCGGCUCUGCUGUGACGCACUCGUCCUUCAGGGACGCCCCGAUUCUCUGCGCCUCCAGCUCAUUCAAUGGAGCUGCGUCGGGCAGUCACCCGAAUUUUGCGGUGCCGCUCCGCUGAGUCAGGGAUUCAACGAGCGUCGCUCUGCUGUUGGCUGCGUUGAUCCUCCCCCACGUGCUGAGCAGUGUUCAGGACAUCCUCUGGCAGUGGAACCGGGCCCAUGUGCUCCAAGCAUGCAGCUCCAGACAGACACUGAGACCUGCGUGGGCUCUGGACGCCUGACUGGUGAACUGUGUGCUGUGAUUGGUCGGAACAGAACGCUGCAGCCGCACCUCCUCUUGACUCCCAGUUCCACAGUGAGUUUCCCUCUCCAGCGAUGGCCAGCUGCUCAGUUCCUGAUGCAGUGCUCCUCCAUGUGACUGAGACGCCGCCGGCGAAGAGUGACAACUGCCUGAGUGAUGGCCGCUGUGCUGAGAGCAGAUAAUAAAUUCCUACUGAUCUUUUGACAGACCGAAGCUCUUCUCUCCUGAAUGCAGUUGUGAAUGCUUUAAAACGUCAUUGCUCGCAUAGUUAUUUAUGAAACAGGGUUUUGGGUAGCUUCCAUGUGUCUAUGGUGCUCACCAAGGUGUGGAGCUUUUCUGCUUCAUCCGUGGGAUGCUGGGCCUGGUGGACCCCAUGGUGGGUCUUGCGGAGGAACCCUUCACCGGCUCAGGUCACGGCACCUCCUCUGGCACGGCCUUGCUCGUCCCCACCCGCCAGAACACAGGGCGCUGCACCAAAGCAACCCCACAGUCCUGAAUGGAAUGUUUAUACGCUCGCCAUAAAUCAUGUCCAGUGUAUUUUCACACUGACGGCUCAGAUCUUUCUGCUGUCAGGCAUCACACGGCUGGAAGCCUUGUGUUCCGUGGAGCGCUGACGUGUUUGUGUAGCUGCCUAUUAGUGACUCACAUCCGAAGAGAAGAGGGAAUGGACUGGAGGAUCUUCUCAGUUUCGCUCGGCUGGCAUCUGUCCAGACACGUGAAGGAACUUUUGCCCGAGCUGUCCUCACUUCCAGUCUCACCUCUGUGCACAGCUGGGUUUACAAGCUGCAAAAUAAGCACCAGCGUGUUGGGUCGCGCACGCACGCGGCCGGACCACAUGGAGCCGUCCUCAGCUGACACUGGCCUGCAGCACCGUAGCUGCAGGUUCUGGACGGGACGUCCAUCUGGAGCCAGCUGCAAGGUGAGUGAAAGGUCAAGCGGUUUGGUGGCUCAACAACAGAGGCCCCAGUGAAGGGCAGCCAAACCGUCAGAUCAAGGAAGCGCUCCUGCACCACUUCUGUCCAGGCUCGGUUCUGAUGGCAGCUGAGGGGUCUGUCUCAGUGCCAGAGCUGAGCUCAAACGACCAGUCGUCCGCCGCCAUCCCCCAGGCCCCCGACCUGUCGCCUGCAGCUGAGCGUCAGCAGGUGCGUCAGACCUUUCAACGUUCUGGCUCAACAGAGGUGGAAGCAGAUGUGUCCCCUCAUGGGACCCAGUUGGGAGCAACAUCACUGCGGCCCGUCACCGGCCACUACGUCCAGCAAGUCUCCAGCUCAAAUAAGGAUUUUCAAACGUCGUAGGAGACUUCAUUGGGAAAACAAGAAGCUUGUCCUCUCCUGCUGCAGCUGAAGGAGGGACCUUCAGAUACACCCGGCGGCCUCAGUUGAGGACGCCGAGGAGACCCGCUGGAGGUGAGACACACAACGUUUCCACAUCCUGACAUCAGACCUUUGGCUCCACCUGAAACAGCUGCAGGCCACAGACAGAAGCUGCGGCGAGAAGCAGUUGCUUUCUGUGACAGAGAAGAUGCCAAACCUGCUGCUGAAAUCUCCCACCGGUUGACAGCACGUCGGAGCACAACCAGGAAUGGAGAGGUCGCGGCGGGUGGACGCUGAUGAAGCGCAGGAACAGAGUCCGACGGGAUGUUCUCCAGACCCCAGUGCGGCCCCAUCUCUAUUGAACAACCUUUGACCUGUUUCUUUCUGUUUGGAAUUGAGAUGAAGACGUACGUGGAAGAAAAUCUGGUAGGGAGAAAAUAUGAGUCAUAUUUUGAAUAUGUUCAAAUUUACUUGUCAUGUGACACAUCUGGGAAAAAAAGCUCAGAAAAUCAGAAAGAAACCCAACUUCAAUAAACAUGAACCAGAAGAUCAACAUGCUCCCGAUGGCGAAGAAUGCUUUGAAAGGUAAACCCGCAGCCCAAGUCACAUGACAAACACGUGUCUUCUUCAGGGGCCGAUGCCAACAUGAACAUGAACAUGAGUCUGGCGAGUGCUGGAGGAGUCACGGAAGGGAAGCCCUCUGAACGAGCGAGCCGCAGCCCGGCCAGUAACCGCACCGCGGCGCCUCCCCUGUCCUCCCCCCAUCAGCCUGUCGGGCGGGAGACGUGAGUGACACCGUGUGGCCUCAGCACAAGUAAGAACCAGGCUCGCUCUGACUCAGCUGGCUCUGCUCUCCUGUCAUUUUUGAAGUGAAAACAGCCUAAAAAUAGCGCUCUGGUCUGGAGCCAACAAGUUCCCGUCACUGGUUUCACUUCCAGAACACUUUUGGACCCGAACCAGAAGUAUGUGUGGACUGGCCUCACAUGAGCUGUGACUCAGCUCACGCUUGAUGCGAGGAAGGUUCCCGCAGAGACGCACACACGGGAGAGCCAAGCCUCCAGCGACACGUGCGGCGGGGCCCCGCAGGUCACCUUUCAUGGACCUGGGUGAUCAUGCGAGUCAGCGCUCAGAGAUUCUUCAUGUCACAACUCUUCAGCUCUCCGUCAUCACCGUGUGGCCCGAAACAUGCUUCACCCAGCGGCCCACACAGCUGACCGACGACUCCGAGCCUGACC